UCUCGGGCGAUAAAGCCCCAAUAUCGCACUCGUACGUUCUUUCUCCUCUCUCUCUCUCUCUCUUUCUAUUUCUCUCCCUCUCACACACACACACACACACACACACACACAAACGCACACUAGGAAUCCACCAGUUCUAUUCUCCUCGAACUCUCAAAUCAAAUCGAUAGAACCAUCUUUUUUCAGAACUUUCCACCAUCCUGCUGCAAAGCUAGGGUUUCGCCCCGUGCUUGAUCAGGUGGUAAAUUUCUUUGAAUAAGCCAAUGGCUUCUUCGGACGACGAGGUGGAGGCCGUGCCAGAGUCCGUGACGGAUUACGAUUUCGAAGACGAAAAGCGCGAGCCUGUUUCAUUCUCCGUUUUGCCGCUUCAGUGGAGCGACAGCGAGAGGCCUAUUGGUGAGAAAAGGGAGAUAUUCUUGCGCGGGUAUGCCGAUAACGGGCUUCAGAAAUUUUACAAGCUGGUAUCUGCGUGGAGGUUCGAUGUCUCUGGAGCGGUGCCUGAGAUAUGGGUGCUGUUCAAGAAGAACAACUGGAUCAUGCUUCAGAAGCCGAGAAAAAUUUUCGAGCAAGUAAUUAGGUCGAUACUGAUCACAGUUAACAGCCUUCACUUUGUGAAGAAUAACCCUGAAACUUCUGGAAAAUCUCUGUGGGAUCACUUGGCUAAAACUUUCAGUUUGUAUGAUGUCAGACCUUCUCAAAAUGACUUGGUAGAUCAUAUGGCUCUGAUCAGUGAAGCUGUUAAAAGGGACGAGUCCCUUGGAAAAUCCAAGUUCCUGCUCUCAUUUCUUGAGGAGAAGCCCCAAAAGAGGAGAGAGUUUGAUGAGGCUGUGCAAUCUGCAGCAAAACCUGGUUUUAUCGUUGACGAUGCUGAUGAUAUGAUAAAUGACUCUGUGGAAGAUGAAUCUGAUGAAGAGGGGGAUGGAUUUGAUUCGGUUUGUGCAAUUUGUGAUAAUGGCGGUGAUCUCUUGUGCUGUGAUGGGAGGUGCUUUAGAUCAUUUCAUGCAACUAAACAAGCUGGUAGUGAAUCAUUAUGUGAAUCUCUCGGCCUUACAGAUGCUCAAGUGGAAGCAAUGCAAAAUUUUUAUUGUAAGAAUUGUCAAUAUAAGCAGCAUCAGUGUUUUUGUUGUGGGAAGUUAGGCUCUUCUGAUAAAUCUACUGGAGCAGAGGUUUUUGCCUGUGUUAAUGCAACCUGUGGCCAUUUUUAUCAUCCUCGUUGUGUUGCAAAAUUGCUGCAUCGGGAGGAUGAAGCUGCAGCAGAAGAGCUUCAGGGAAAAAUUGCUGCUGGGGAACCGUUUACAUGUCCCAUCCAUAAAUGCCAUGUCUGUAAAAAAGGUGAAGAUAAAAAGAAUCCAGAGAUGCAGUUUGCUGUGUGCAGACGAUGUCCAAAGUCCUACCACCGGAAAUGCUUACCUAGGAAAAUUGCUUUUGAAGACAUCGAGGAUGAAGAUAUCAUACAAAGGGCUUGGGAGGAUCUGUUACCCGAUCGUAUUUUGUUAUAUUGCUUAAAACAUGAGAUUUUGGAUGACAUUGGAACUCCAAGAAGAGAUCACAUAAAAUUCCCUAUUAUUCCAGGAGAAGGGAACAGGCUAGCAUCAGGGUCACUUUCAAGCCAGGAGAAGGUUGGGAUGAAGAAGAGAAGAUUGGCUUCAGAAGAAUCCCUAGGGAAAACUGUCGCAAAGGCAUCUAAACAGAUUGAAAAAUCGCCUUCAGAUUUGAAAGAGGCUGCUUUUAUUAGGAAAAAUGAGAAAAGAUCUUCAGGUCCUGAUUCACUGAAGAAGCUAAAAAUGAGUAAUGCUUCCGUGAAACCUUUGCACAAUACUACAAAGUCUGUCUCUAAGAAACUGGAAAAAUCUUUCGCAGAUGAUGAAAGUGGGUCUUCCUUGGGGGAAAAACUAUAUAAUAUGAUGUGUAAGGGCUCUGGUCCCAUUAAACCUAGGAGGCAGGAUAGCCCUAAUAGUGUUUCUGACAAGACCACGAUAGGCAAGCCUCCGAAGGAGAAUUUGAGUAGUUCAUCAGUUCAGUUAGAUGCUGAUUCAGAGAAGAGAAUCUUGGAACUAAUGGAAGAAUCUGCAUCUUCUGUAACUAUGGAAGAAAUCAUAAAGAAGCAUAAGGUGCCAUCUACGCAUGCAUACUGGUCAAAAAGUAAUGUUGACAAGACCAUUACACAGGGAAAGAUUGAGGGAACUGUUGAGGCUCUUCGAACAGCUUUACAGAAACUAGAACAAGGUUGCAGUAUUGAGGAUGCAAAAGCUGUUUGUGAACCCGAGGUUUUGCACCAGAUAGUUCGUUGGAAGAACAAGCUCAAAGUUUAUCUUGCUCCUUUUCUCCAUGGCAUGCGCUAUACAUCUUUUGGUCGCCAUUUUACAAAGGUGGACAAGCUAAAAGAGAUUGUGGAUAGGCUACAUUGGUAUGUCCAAGAAGGUGACAUGAUAGUCGACUUCUGUUGUGGUGCUAAUGAUUUCAGUUGCUUAAUAAAAAGUAAGCUUGAAGAGACAGGGAAGAAAUGCGGAUACAAAAACUAUGAUCUUCUUCAACCAAAGCAUGAUUUUAACUUUGAGAAGAGGGAUUGGAUGACUGUUGAACCAAAGGAGUUGCCAUUGGGAUCACAGUUGAUCAUGGGGCUAAAUCCUCCAUUUGGAGUUAAAGCAGCACUUGCAAACCAGUUCAUCAAUAAGGCUCUUGAGUUCAAGCCGAAGCUCAUUAUUCUUAUUGUUCCACCAGAGACAGAAAGGCUGGAUAAAAAGAAAAAAAUAUCGUAUGACCUUGUAUGGGAGGAUGAUGCAAAACUCUCGGGCAAGUCAUUUUACCUCCCUGGAUCUGUUGAUGUAAAUGACAAACAAAUGGAACAAUGGAAUGUGACACCACCCGUACUCUCUCUUUGGAGCCGCUCUGAUUGGACCGCUACGCACAAGGCCAUAGCUCAAAAGCAUGGCCAUGCAUCCAGUGGCCAAAACGAGUUGCAUUUGGAAGGAAAUCAUAAUGAAACACAGGUCGCUGCCCAUCUGAUGGAAGAGGAGUCCAACCAUCGUGGUGAUAUGUAUGUGCUCACAGAUGAUUGUCCUAUGCAAACUGAUGAAACAGAUCUUCAUGGGACUAGAGCAAUUGCACCAGGUCAUAAAGAGAGCUCCCCUCACAUCCCUAGCAGAGAAGAACGUGGGAAUCCUGGUCAUAAGGAGAAUCCGUCAAAUGAGAACUCGAAGAAGAGAAGGCAUGGUAAAGGAAGGCGGGGAAGAGUAGAGAAUGAUCCCUCUCCAAAGGUCAAGUCUGAUGGUGGAAUGCCUCCUGUAAGUGGUGAUACAAACAAAGGAAGGCUGCCUCUCCAUUCUUCACCCAACAUGAUUGAUGUUCAAUCCCCGACGGAAGAUCAUCCAUCUCAAUCUCGCAAGAUGCCAUCCCAUAUGGGGGUUGAUGAGGAAGGUUUUCGGCAUUUCCAGCCCAACAUUUCUGGAUUGAGCUCCCAGUUUGGUAUGGGAUACAGUGGAGCUGAUGCUAACGUUCCUGAUGACCAGACAAGAUGGUACAGCUUGAACAGUCGGGAGCCUUAUUCAAGCGGAACUCAAAGAUGGUCUAGUGGCUAUACUCCUGAUAGCCUUGGUUAUAGACCUUAUACUGGUGAGAAUGUGAUGGGGUUGGAUGCUCGAACGCAGUCCCGUCUUUAUGGGCAACAAGAUCCUGAUCCUUUGAAUCACAGAAGCAGCUAUACGGUAGGCCAGGAUUCUGGUUUCAGCCAUUUUGGUUCACUGUCCUCCACUUAUGGUCAUCGAGGCACGGGAGUGGACUCGUCUAUAAGCAGGACGAACACGUCAGCGAUGCAGCGAUAUGCACCACGGCUAGAUGAAUUAAAUCAUACGAGAAUGAGCACUCUAGGGCCGGAUCCCCUGAUAGGAAAUGGAAAUGGAAAUGGGGGCAUCUAUGAUCCUCUAGGACCUCGUCCAAGAUUCCGAGGAGACACGAUGGGCUUCGUUCCUGGUCCUCAUAACUCCUUUUCACACCAGGGCUCUUCAGGAUGGCUGAAUGAGUAGGUAAGUUGCCUUUUCAUUUUUGCAGUCUCCACUAACUGAAUUAGCACGUUGGUUUCAAAGCCAUAACUGCUCUUGCUCUAAUUAUGUCAUGUUAGUGGAUUUUGCUGAGUCCCUUGGAUGCUUGUAUCAUGUUGUGCACAGCAUAAUUAACCAGUUCUUGUGCAUUUUUCAAAUAAAAGAAUCCUAAAUUUUGAAA